AUGGCUUCCAGUCAAAGGAGUCAAUCCUAUGAGGGUUCAAGCUCCUCGAAGAUCAUGAAGUUCUCUCACAUCCUGCAAGAUGUGCUCCUAAAUCCCAAGUUAUGUAAGUUGGUGCCAUUUCUGCUCCACAAGUAUCAAAAGAAGGAGAAGGGCACCAUGAAAGAAAUGCUGUACAUCGUGCCCCAUGAUUACUGUAAUGAUUUCUACAUGAACUUUUGGAAACUCCAUGAGUCCGUGCAUCUGGACUUUGGCAUUGAUAUCAGGAAAAUGGGUCACUCUGGCAACACAUAUGAGCUAGUCCCCAUUUUGGGUCUUAUGUUCAGUGGGAUACUACAUGGCAAUGAUGAAAGAAUCACUCUCAAAACUGACAUCCUUAUAUUCGUCCUAUCACUAAUCUUCACAGAGGGCAACCAUAUCAGCGUGGAGGUCCUAACCCAUAAAGUGCAAAGACAGGAUAUGUUAACUCAGGCUGAGCAUAUUUAUUUUGAGGAAGCCUGGAAAUUCAUCACUGAGGAUUUAGUAUGGGAAGAGAACCUGAUGUACCAGCAGAUUCCUAAUAGUGAUCCUGCUCAGUAUGAGUUCGUGUGGGGUCCAAGGGCCCCCACUGAAACCAGCAAGAUGAAACUCCUAAUUCAUAUGGCCCACCUUAUGAAACAGAUCCCAGGACUUACCCAGAACUAUAUGAAGAGGCUUUGA